UCCCAGUACGCACCGCUGCCGCCCACGUGACGGCCGGGACCGGGCGCUUACCGGAGCGGAGCCGAGUCCCGGAGCCGAGUCCCGGAGCCCGAGGCGCAGGCGCAGCCAUGGUGUCCGGUAAGCAGCUGGCGGACUUCGGCUACAAGGCGUUCACCAGCUCCAUGCUGCUGCUGACGGUGUACGGCGGCUACCUCUGCGGCGUCCGCUACUACCGCCUGCUGCAGCGCCGCCGGGAGCGCCAGGCCGCCGCCGGCCCCGACAGCUGACGGCAGCCGGUACCGCCCGACCCCGGCUUGGCGAGGGAGCGGAGAAACGGCCCCGACGUGUCCCCAGGAUGUCCCCAGGACGGGAGCGGAGGUGGAGAGCAAUAAAAGCGCUGCGGGAAGGGC